AUGAUUUACAAUUGCAUAGCAUUUGUAGCAAUUGCAUUGAUACCAUCCAGGCCGUUGUUUGAACUAAGAGCUUAUCUCAAAACAUUUGCGGUUGUGGUGAAUGCCAUAUCAGCUACAACCAACGUCGCGAUUGCGGUCGUAUUUUCGCUCUAUUUCCAGAAAUUCAAGAAUGGAUUUCCGAGUAUUAUGCUGUUCAAUUCAGACAGUAUCGAAGUUAAUUAUGUGAUGGCACGGUACCUGCAGAUGUUACUUGCCAUAAAUACUGGAUGUAUCACCACUUUAUGCUCAAUAUCUUCUCUUGUCUCUAUUUUGGCCGCUCCAGAUACCCUGAUAUAUGUCGCGUUCUUUUUUUCUAUCGGUCGUUUGCAUGCGAUAACAUUGCUCACGACUCUAAAUGCUCGAGAAAUGAUUCGUCAAUCGGAUAACGAUGCCGGUACGAAGCCUGGUCGGACGUCGCCACUUGUAUUUCGACCGCAAGCUACUGGGAAAUCGUCUAUACGUGAUGGUGUAAAGGUCGCGGUUCAAAUUUUGGAACAACUCGAAGCUUACGAUUCAAUGUCAACAGAAACGAUGUCGAAGCGUGUCCCUUACAAGGACGAAACAUCAAUUGAACAUGGAUCUGAAUGGAUUGGCUCACACAAUGGAAUCAUUAACAUUGCCGCUCUUCGUACACGUGCUUUGCAAUCACCAUUGGUGGUCGCAGGUCAACAGCAUCGUAUGCGCCUGCUAAGCCUGCGAACAGUGCAGGCAAUGUCAUGCUCGCCAAUAGCGGGGCGCCUAAUAACUCGGAUGGAUAUGUCGAGCGGCUGGAAGGCAAUUAUGGAAAAUGUUAACCCCGGACAGGUACUCGACGUCGACGCCGGUGUAAUUGCGACAAACAGUGCUGUGAUCGAUGAAGGACGUAUUGUGAUCUCAAUGAUGUGCGCCCGCCAAGGUCAAGUGACUUCUGCCACGAGCGCAUUGAUGGUGGAUAGUACGUCUACGGAGUCGUUGGAUAACAACUCGAAAAUACCUGCAGCCACAUCCGACUUCACUUUUGGCACAGAACCUCACAGCGCGGAAGAGGUGACCGGAAUUCCUGGCUUGAACGCCAACGGUAAACGCCCAGGGACGACUGCGAAUGGUCCACCUGCCAAAGUAACGAAGAGGAAGAAGGAGUUCGGCUGCAACAGUUACGGUUCUUGCCCGUAUAACAUUACUUUCAACAAGUAA